AUGUUGGACCCUUCACCACGAAGUCCGGAUCGCUUGAUCACGAGCCGAUCACUAGGAAUUAUUCUACUAUUAUUGGUAAACGUCUUAUGGGUGCUAACUUCGGAGUUAACAAGGUAUGUAUUCGUUGAUGAAGGGUUCAGGCGACCGUUCUUCACAGCAUAUGUAAAGACAUGUAUGCUCACUGUAUAUAUGGUGCGGUAUUUGGCAUGUGAACGGGUUCAAGAGAGCCUGGAAGGAUACGAAACAAUGACGUCGGAUUCGGAGUACGAUCUCAUUCAAACUGGUGUCAAUCGAACCGUUCGUUUCGCCGAACAUCGCGAAGUUAGCGUGCGGCGUAUGCCGGAAGUAGAAGCAAGUGAGGCUAGGCUAGCUCGGCAACCGUAUUCGCCUCCAUUAUUUGUGUGUCCAUUCUCUUUUAACAUACCAAGUCAUGUACGACAAACUGUGUUUUUCUUCGCACCAAUGUGGCUUCUUUGUACGUUCACAUAUCAAGCGGCUUUGAUGUUUACUUCGGUUUCUGCCCUGAACAUGAUCUCAUCAUCAUCACCUUUAUUUGUACUAGUAUUUUCAAUUUGUUUUCCAUCAUCCGAGUCAAAAUUUACACUUUUGAAGGCAUUCUUCGUCGCCAUGAAUUUUGGAGGCGUACUUAUUGUAUCGGAGUUUUCUUCUUCACUCACAGGAUCACUGUUCGCUCAGAUAUCUGCCGUGUCGUAUGCAUUAUACAUAACCUUAUAUACUCGUUAUCAGGAAAGGAGUGGUGACAUAAGCAUUAAUCUCAUGUUUGGUAAGUGA